AUGGUUCUCGCACGCCCUCAUAUCCUCCGCACAUCUGCUAGGGCCGUCGGUGCCGGCAUCGGCGUCGCAGCUCGUCGUCCCCCGACACAGCAAUUCGCUCGCAGGGGUUACGCCCAAUCGCAUGACGCUCCCAAGUCCUCCGAUCUACCAUGGCUCAUCGCAUCUCUGGGUCUUGGUGUCCCAACAGCAUUCUACCUGCUUCAGUCCGGACCCAAGAAGACCCCUCAUCACGGCCACGAGGAUCACGGCGCUGGCCACGUCGAGAAGGAGGAGAAGGCCCCUGCGGGUGAAGCUACUCCUCAGCCUGAUCGCGAUGCAGAGCAGAAGACAGAUACGUCUUCCUCUGCGGAGGGUACGCCGUCAACGGACGGAAAGCCUCCCUCAGAGGUAGACCAGCCCUCCAGUCGCAAGGACACUGGUAACUCGGCUACCAUCUCUGGCAAGCAGGAGGGUCUCUCCAACACCAACACGGACAACCCGUACGUGAACGAGCCUGGAAAGAGCGCCAAGGGCGAGGGUGAAACCGAAAGCGCCAAGGUGAAGGGAACCGUUUCCCCCGAGCGCCCCCAGGCUUAA